GAAUGAUUGGUGCUAGCAGCAUGUCUCGCUGAUCUUGGGCUGCAGAAAUAUGGGUGGUGGAGUAUUUACGGUUGCUGUCCCUAGCUUGUUGGUCUUAUUAUCGUUCAACAAGUUUGCGAGCGGAGAUUCAAUCGAUUUAUCCCAGUACCACCGGAUGCCCAGGCUGACGGAGUUUGACGACUAUGAUCGGUGUUUAGAGGAGCCACCCCCCGACAAAGUGGCCACGUACUGCCUGGUACGGUUAGUGCUCAAACCCGACAACCGCUCUGAACUUUGGCAAACAAUUGAGAAUUUUUCCAGUGAUCGAAGACAUUACAACCAUCGCCAUCUACAUCGAGGAGUUUGUGUUGAGGACUGUAAAAAUUUGGUGAAGCGGUUACCGAACACUACUCGGCAGGCACUCCGGGUGAAGAAGUUUGAUAUUGAUUACCCUUACAUUUUCGAUGUAAGUGUAUUCAAAGAUACUGAACUGAAUCGUGCUCGAUACGCAGAAUUAGUCGAGGUAUGCAUGAAUCACAAACUCAACGAAACAUUUCAGUUGAAAGCCUACACAGAGAUUGAGGUUUGUCAUAGAAAUGACGAGUCAAUUGAAAUAGAUUGGCUUGAUAUGUUGUUCGUAUUUGUAUUUGUUACGUUGAUAGUUCUCGUGGUAUGGUCGAGCUGGUACGACAAUAGUAUCAACAACAACAAGAAGGACGUUAUGCAUUACCAUUUGGAGCUUGAUACGAAAAGAGACAAGUUCUUCGCAUCGUUUUCGAUUCUACGCAAUUGGUACAGACUGACCAGUCGCUCGCAGGAUCAACUAAUCAAAGAGUUACGAUUUAUACAAGCCAUUCGUUUCCUGGCAAUGCAUCUCGUCAUAUUGGGUCAUGCAGCGCUUUUGUAUGCGGUUAUUCCGGUUCAAAAUACGGCUAGAGCGGAAAUGAUGUAUCACAACAUUGGAACAAUGAUUCUAACCGGUGGAGCCCAAAUCCCACAAUCCUUCUUCUUCAUUAGUGGCAUGCUGCUAACGCUUCAUGUUAUGUCUUACUUCAAGAAUCGAAACGAAAAAUUUGGACUUUUGCACCUGCUGAAAAUGACGAUAUAUCGCUACAUCCGAUUAACACCUGUGUAUGGUUUUAUCAUUCUGCUACAUGGCACUUGGUUGGCGAAACUACAGGAUGGGCCUUUAUGGAAACUCGGUUCGGAUACCGAGAGAGGCUUCUGCCGGAGAAAUUGGUGGACUAAUUUGCUGUACGUUAACAACUACGUGAAUGCAAAUCAACCGUGCGUUCAACAAGGAUGGUACCUUGGAUGUGACUAUCAAUUGUUCAUCGCUGGAACCUUGCUUCUCAUGCUGAUCAAUAAUUACCGUAGGUUCAUGAUUCCAAUUGUCGUUGUAGCUUCAAUAGGCGGAUCGUACUUGCUCCCAGCGUUUUUCGUUUACUAUCAAAAGCUAGAAGGAGUGUUCGUAGUAACACUGGAAGCACAACGGUUUGUCAUGUGGUUCGAAGAUUUUUAUCUGAAGUCUUACAUACCGUUUCAUAUGAAUAUCGGCAACUUUAUAGCCGGAAUAGUAACAGGUCUGAUUCACAUUCAUAUUCGGCAGAAUAAUAUUGAUCCUGUCCAGAAAAAGUGGUUCCGCAUUCUUUGGCAUCUGAUUGUACCAAUGGCGAUUGCUAGUUUCCUGGUCCACUACAUCUUCUACGUGUAUGAUUUUGAGAAACCUUCUCUGUGGAUGGCAGCGUAUUUCCCGGUGAUGAAGAAUUCCUGGGGCUUUCUCUGUAGCAUUUUUUUCAUCGGUUUCACACACGGAAUACAUCCGACAUUAAAACGGAUACUAGAUUGUCGUAUUUUUGAACCUUUGGGACGAAUGACCUAUUCGGCCUAUCUAGCUCACGUGUUUGUGAUGCGGCUGAUGCUGUUAAGUGUUCGAUCUCCAGCACAUUUUAGUAUUUUGGGCAUGAUGACGAUUAAUUUCGCUUCGGUUAUAUUCUCCUAUCUGAUGGCCAUAUUUCUAUGUUUGACGUUAGAAGCACCAGUGGCGGCAUUACAGAAGCUACUUAUAGGAAAUCUGAAAGGUGAGACUGGGCAGCAACAGGAACUGUUGAACAAAAAAUUAGAGGGUUGUAUUCAAGACACGACCGAGCACAAUAACAUUAAAAAUGGAACGUUUCUAGGGUCUUCAUAAUAAAUACAAAAAUAAAGAUGAUAAUAAUGAUGAUACACUUAACUAAAAACUUAUUCAUUAAAUUAAAUUAAACUAAUUACAAACUUGCUCUAGUUUAAGCGCUUAGAUUGUUAUCGAAUGAUAAAAUUGACAAUUAGAUCCUUUCUUGAUAAUUGAUUCUAUUCAAUUUUGAUCCUUUUCCACAAAUUUUUACAUUGUUAAGUUUUUGAAUAACGUCCUUUAACUAGAAGUCAAUUAUGAUGAAUUCAAAGUUACUUGAAAGCUCAAUUUUAGAUACAAACAACCUGAAGAUUUAAACCUGAACAAAUGAAACUAUUUUAUUUUACGAUAAUAAUUUUCGAGAAACAUAUAAACUUAUUAAUUUUAUAAACAGAUCACCGAUCCAAGAGAAGAUUUUAUUUAUUUUAACGAAAAAUGUUGUACUGGUAAACUCAGUAAAAGUGUAAUUUUAUUGAUCCUUCUUCAAAAUCGACGAUAAUCUUCGGAAAGUGUCAGUAAAUAAUAUGGCAACAAUACGAGGAAGAAAACAUGUGAAACAGUCCGCAUAAAAUAUUUAGUUACUUACAUUGAUUUUCGCUUUGGCAUAUUAGGAAUAUACGGAAUGGACAAAAUUCCGAAAUUUUGUUCAUAUUGUCAUAGUUACAACGCGUGUAGCCAUCAGACGCUUAUUGUUUUGAAGCAAAUAAUAAUUGAACUGAACCUGGCGGCUAACCAAAUUCUACGAGGGUUCCCAUUAAAACGAUACAUGUAAAAUCGCAGGUAAACUUACCUUGAGUUUAUUUUUGAUACUAAUUUUUGCAUCUAAUAGUACUGUAUAUGUGAGAAUGUGGAACUCAUUUAUACUACUAAACCGAGGAGGCCGCUUUUUAGAUAAACUUCAGAAUUUAAUUUUGAAUCUUUUAAAGCGUUUAAUUCCUGGUGGGACAACAACUUGUUCAGUCACAUAUAACGAAAAAGAAGUAUCUAUGAUCAUCAUCAUAACACAACUUUAUACUGAAUCCAUUUUCGCGCCACCGUUUUGUUCGUAUGGGAAUGGAGAUUUCAGUAUGCAAACCGAUCCGUUGACAAAUUAAAACAUUUUUAAGCUUACAAUAUUGCAGCUUUGGAAUCGUUUAAAUUAACAAAUCUUCGAGGAACAAGCGCUGCAAACCAAAAUAAAAUACUUAAUUCAAACCAAUUUUUUAACGGUAUGCCAUUGAAAUAUUCGAAUGACGUUAUCUCAUAAGUUUAAGUUAAAUGUUUCCGAAUCGAUUGGUUGUUAAAUUAUAUCAAUCCAUCAACAAAUGGCUGAGCUAUUAACGUUCAAAAUUAUGACGUAAAAAGGUUACGCGGUUAUUUUUGAAAUUUUUAACCCGGCCCCGUAUAGCGAAGAGUAAGGCAUUUUUAAUGCCAAAAGGUUUGGAAGCGGGUUAGAGCAAUGGUUGCUAUGAUAAGU